AUGGCCGACCAAGAGGUUGAUCUGGACUCGAUCAUCGAUCGGCUCCUGGAAGUGAGGGGUAGCCGCCCUGGAAAGCAGGUGCAGCUGCUUGAGUCAGAGAUCCGCUUCCUCUGCACCAAGGCCCGUGAGAUCUUUAUCUCGCAGCCUAUUCUGCUCGAGCUCGAGGCUCCCAUCAAGAUCUGCGGUGAUAUCCACGGUCAAUACUACGAUCUCCUGCGUCUCUUCGAAUACGGUGGAUUCCCCCCGGAGGCCAACUACCUCUUCCUCGGUGACUAUGUCGACCGUGGCAAGCAGUCCCUCGAGACUAUCUGCCUGCUCCUCGCCUACAAGAUUAAGUACCCCGAGAACUUCUUCAUCCUGCGUGGCAACCACGAGUGUGCCUCCAUCAACCGUAUCUAUGGCUUCUACGACGAGUGCAAGCGCCGCUACAACAUCAAGCUGUGGAAGACCUUCACCGACUGCUUCAACUGCCUUCCCAUCGCGGCCAUCAUUGACGAGAAGAUUUUCACCAUGCACGGAGGUCUGAGCCCCGAUCUGAACUCGAUGGAGCAGAUUCGCCGGGUUAUGCGUCCCACCGAUAUCCCCGACUGUGGUCUUCUCUGCGAUCUGCUGUGGUCCGAUCCGGACAAGGACAUCACCGGCUGGAGCGAAAACGAUCGCGGUGUCUCUUUCACAUUCGGCCCCGACGUGGUGUCGCGCUUCCUCCAGAAACACGAUAUGGACUUGAUAUGCCGCGCGCAUCAAGUCGUGGAAGAUGGUUACGAGUUCUUCUCGAAACGCCAGCUGGUUACGCUAUUCAGCGCACCCAACUACUGCGGUGAAUUCGACAACGCGGGUGCGAUGAUGAGCGUCGACGAGAGCUUGCUCUGUUCCUUCCAGAUCCUCAAACCAGCCGAAAAGAAACAAAAGUACGUUUACGGGAGCAUGAGCUCCGGCGGAUCCGCCGCCACUCCUCCGCGCAAGCAAAAGAAGAAAUAA